AUGUGGCAAACCGACACUGGGAAGAGAUACAACCUACAAUCAAACAGCAAAUCGAAGGAGUACAUAUGGAUCGCGUCAUAUCAAGGCAUCGAUCCCGCCGACGGAAAUUCUUUUAGUCUCUGGCUGUUCAAGACUGGUGAUACAGGUGCCCUUUUUGCCAGCCACACAUUCAACAUCACCGAUCCUUCGUCUACAACAACUUCAGCACCAACUGGUACGCGAACAAACAAACCCAGCACCAAGACAAAGACCAGCGAAGCAAGUGACACGAUUGUGGCCACUGCUUCGUCGACGAAUGAGCCGUCAUCUGGGCUAUCCACGGGUGCAACUGCCGGAGUGGCAGUAGGUGCUGUCGCUGGAGCAUUUCUCAUUGCUGGCGCUGGGUUCAUGCUCUGGAGAAGACGGCGGGGUGAUAAGGCUGUGCCGUCGACGAUCACAGCAGAGGAAGCGCCGAAGUAUGGAUAUGCGCCGGUUGAAGCACCGAAUGAUAACGCGGCGAGACACGGACCGUGGGAAAUGGGAGGGUCGCCGACGCAUUUCACGCAUGAGCUGCCAGCUGACAACACGGUACAGCAUCGAACAUGA